GUGAAACUGUGAGGCCACGAAAGGUGAACCGCGUUAUAGCGAGAGACCACUGUAUUUUCUAAAGAUUUAGAGGUGAAUAUUUUUGAAUUUACUUCCAAGUUGAAAUUUUGAGAUACCGAACAAAACUUUAAAGCAGCAACCAAAAAUUGUACCCAAGCUUCCAUAAUUUGCACAUUAAAAAAAUAAAACACUCACAGUGAAACUAUCUGUAUGUUAGCCUAUAGCAGCAGCUGUUUGUUUGUUUGUCACUUUUUUCUCAGACUGUUGAUAAAGUCUGACUCGCACAGAUAUGCUUUAACCCCCAAAACAUUGCAAAAAUAAUUGUUAAGGUUUACUUAAUAAUAAAUAGUUCAUGACGCUAAUGUUAGCUUGUUCAGUUAUAGCUAGAAGAUUUAAUUUCUUAAUGUUGGGUUUUAAUAAUCAAAUCUUUUAAAUGUCAUGAACCAAGUAACAUUAGUUGGUAGCCUCUCAGCUAGAUUUUCGUUUUCACAACGUGACAGAAUUUAGAUUCAAAUAUACCAAAUGAAUGAAUCUAGCUGCUUAAACUAGAAGUUGCUGUUCUUUAGCUUUUGCUAGUAGCAACAAUGUGAAAUAUAAAAGGAUAACAUAACAAGUACUGUCAUGUUCUUGUCAAAGAUUUUUGUUUUUAUUUAUGAGUCAUUUUCCAUUUAAAAAUCAAGCGGUGUCCUCCUGUGUCUUCUCAUAGCUUUAAAGGGUGUAACCAACACAAUUAACAAUUUUUUAUACCUUAUGUUUCCGAACUUGGAAUUCUUUGGAGAUUCCUUCUAAAUCUCUAAACAAGGCACUCUGGAACUGCACGCACAGUAACUUAGGUCUGAUGCAUAUGACAGGAGAGCUAAUUAAGUUUUAAAACUUUUACUUUGAAAUAAUCAAAAUUACAUUGUUACAUUGUUGCACUGCUUCACUGAGUGAAUGGGUUAAAUGCAGAGAGGAAUUUCCCCACAGGGAUCAAUAAAGUAUACAUUAUUAUUAUUAUAAAUAAAAAAAACUGCAUGCUCUCAUGCCUAAUGCAGCUCUCCACCUCACUCCGCUGCACAUGACAUCACUCACCAUAGUAAAGGGAACAACAACAACAACCAGUCAAAUACACAUAUUCUUAUCAUCCUACAUUUUGAUCUUCUUAUGUAAGAGGUAGGACUGAAUCAUCAAGUUUGUACAAAAUUGUAUUGUGACUCUUACACUUAUAGCACUCUUACUUACUAACAAGUAAAAGCAAUAUAGGCAACACGUGUUCAUGCUUGUUACACGGCUGUUUCAGAACAAAGGACAAAAUGGACAUUUCCACUUGCACAUUUUCCCAUAUCAUUGUUAUUCUCUGUGAAAUUCGAUGUCUUUCUGUUUCCGUGUUGUACUUGUCACCAGAGGGAACAAGUAGAUAUCGACCCUGGGAACGCAGUGUCGCCCCUCGAUACUACAGCCCCCUGUGCUCUGCUGCUGUAAUCCUGUAAGGAAAUCAUGAAUAGCAGCAGCGAGCGCGAGAGACCCUAUUCAGACAAGCUUUUCUUUGCAUCGUAACUCAACUCCAUUUCUUCCGCUAUAACACCUUGACAAGGAGAAUCCCUCUAAAUAAUGGGUUGUGUGGGGACACCAUUGCUGCAGGGUGCAUCCCUGUAAUUGCGGCGCACUUCCUGGUUUGAGUCAGUUGAGAUGACAUGGGAAUAGGUGAGCCUUCAAAGAAACACAAAACUUAAGUUGUCACUGCCCCAAGCUAGGACAGUCACUAAGAGUCACACACACCUAACGAUAUAUUCCUGUAUUUUAAAUUCACUAACCCACUGUCUUUCUGGCAUAUUCUAUCUGAUGUGUGUGUGUUUUUUUUUCUUACAAUAAGGCCCAGGAGUAUGAGUAUCAGCGGCGCACCACCCACAGAAAGUUAAACUACCUUAAUGGAAAGAAAAAGAAAGGAAAAGUAAAAAGUGUCAUAUUUCCCACACCCUUUACUAACAAAUGGAGGUCAAAGGAAAGAUAUGAAUUCAGGUAUAAAUAAUGAAAGACAGGAUUUAAAAAAGGGAUGGUGACAUUAAAUACACAAGUUUAUUCACUAAAAUUCAUAUAUGAGCACACACACAGACACACACACAGACACACAAAUGUACACAGUCUCUUAGCAGAUGGUGAACCAUGAGGUUGUAAAACAAGCCUGUUCUCUUUGUCCACCUACGCAGCACUUUGCACAGUGUGUCUAUCAGAUGGCGGCUCUUUAUCAAGGUGUGGCUCACACUGGCUCCACACAAAGCUCUGUUAAACAAGAAUAUGGGAGGCCUCCUUGUAACAACUGGGGUGUUGUGGCUGGACUAGUUUCAUUGCCAAGCAGCUCCCUCUUAUAGCUAGUAUUUUGCACUUGGGCAUUUACACUUUUACAGCCAUAUGUGUAUAAAUAACUCAACUGAUCAGACUGGCAACUUCCUUCUUUUACAUUUGAUUUAUCACUGAGGAUAAUUGUGAUGCAAAAAAACAAACCAGAUCAAUAGAGCCAAAAUCCCGCUGACUCACAGUUUGGUUGUCCUUUUAUCAGGUUACAGAUGGUAAGUCAAACCAAACUUGAUGUAUGCUCUAAAAGGCACAAUACUUUGGUCCAUAUGGCUGCUCACAGUGUGCUUAUGUUGCUCGUGGUUGCCCCUCUGUAUGUGUAAUUAUAUGGUUGCAUGUGUGCUGGGUCUAAAAGGUACCCACCCCUGUCAAUUAUCAGGCUGUUUGGAGGAAGAGAGAAGAUUAUGCAUAAUUGCCAGCCAUAGCUGGGCCUGGGUGUUUCCCCCAGAGUCAAAUCACUGAGACAGAAGGUGAUUAGUGGAUUUGCCAUGCGAGCAGACUAAUGCUAUGUUGCUCAACUGCAUACCUGCUGCUGGAUUUGGCGCUAGACUUUAUGAUUAAUGAUGAUGUCUGGAAGUAUCAAGAACGAUUCGCCUUGGAUGAAGUAGUUUUACAAUAAAUUAAUGUUCACAUUAAAUUAUGUCAUAGUUUAAUGGGACACUUGGGUUUAUUUUUAUUACUUAGAUUUCUAACUUGAAUUGUGUAAACUGGACCUAAAGACAUAGGGUAGGCCACAGUUAGGACGAUGUCUUGUAUAGCACUUACUUAGUACUUAUUCACCCAUUGAUAUAAGCACUUUAUUCUUCUACAUCUUAACGGUUGCUAUCUAUUAUUCACACACGCAAAUUUGACCCAAGUUACACUUUGGCCAGACUGGAGUAGCCAGAGCUCAAGCCACCAGUCUUCAGAUUAGCAGAUGACCUGCUCUACCUCCUGUCCUACAGACAACCCAGUGUAAAAGCUGGAGACCGGUGUAUCUAAAGCAAACAAGUCCCCUGAAAUGAUUUCUUUUAGAUGUUAAUGACACUGAGCCAGUUGAGAACACUAUUUUACCUACCAGGCCACCCUGGAAAACUGGCAAAUCCAUUUUGAUUGACACAGUGCUCUCAUGUUACCAUAGGGUCCACACAAUAGAGGCUUACGGACAAUAAAUAAUGAAUGAAGCUAAACUUAGAGGUCCGGUUGGUGUGGGAUACACAAUCUUGACUUGUUAGUUUGUGUUGUAAGAUUCAAUCUACAAGUAGCAACUGUUGCCAAGGGUCCCAUUACCCGAGUAACUGGUGAUUGUUUACAUUACUAGUUGGUUUUCUUGCUUUCAUUGUGCGAUACUGUGGCUAACUUUAGACUAAACUGCAGACAGACCAUGUGAUUGUGCCCCUGUCGAGUCUGUCCUUCAGUCUGUGGGUUUAACUGUUUGUCUUGGCCCUGCAGUUGGACUAUAAGGUUGAGUGCACUUGGCAGAAGAAGAGUAAGCUGACAAGUUUUUCAGGGAGCCCUGAUGUCUGUGUGUGUGAAGCUGUAGUUGCAGGAUCACUGUGAAUCAAAAGAGCUCCUCCCACUUUCUAAUUAUGGAUCAAUAAUAAAUUACCCCAGCGACCUUCGCCAGAGCAAAGAGAUGUCAUCAAAGUGCUCCGUGGAUCCCUGCAGUUAUGGUCAGGAUGCAGCAGAGUCCAGACUGGAGAAGAAGCGAGGCCAAGAAAAGGAGGAAACAGAAGUUCCCUGUGGAAGCAGCCGGCCUGCAGGAAGUCUGAGGAAGGAAGGACCAGGAAGAGAACAGACACUGCCGCCACAGACACAGACUUUGAAAGAGAGACAGACAUUUUCCCAAUCGUCUGUCAACCAGGAGAGCCAAAGUGGAGGUCCAUGUAUAAUGGCACAACCCGUCCAGAGGUCCAAGUUAAAGGAUUUGUCAGGCAGGCAGAUAGAGGAGCCGAGGGGGCCUGGGCCUUUUUACUUUUUUGGAGGACCCAACGGAGCUAAAAUAGUGAGCAAUUACUGUGAGAGCAGAGGAUGGAAGAGGAUUUACAACAAGGACAGGGAGGAUUUCAAUCUCAAGUGGUGCGAGACCAAAUCACCAGCCCAAUACUCCAACUUCAGAGAAGGCAGGCAGUUGAUGUACCAGAUUCCCAAUAACAAGGUGCUCACCACGAAGAUUGGUCUCCUCAGCAGUCUUCAACAGUACGAGCGAGUGAGCAGCAGAGUCAGCCAUGGUCAAGCACUUAGGAGGCUGAAAAUGGAAGAGUUCGUACCCACUACUUUGCGCAUGGAUGUGAGGGAAGAGAGAGAGGCUUUCUUUGCCCAACAGGAGGGUGUGAGCAACAGGGAGAGCCGCAUGUGGAUCUGUAAGCCUACGGGUAUGAACCAGGGAAGAGGGAUCUUCCUUUUGAAGAGCAAGGAGGACAUAGCUGCCUUCAGACUGAAGCUGAAGCACAUGGAGGACUGCCAGUUCAACAGGAAAAUGCAUUACCGCCAGCCUCAGGCUUACAUCGUUCAACAUUACAUCCAGAACCCGCUGCUGCUGAAAGGGAAAAAGUUUGACGUGCGCUCCUACCUUCUCAUCGCAUGCACUGCACCUUAUGUGGUCUUUUUCCGUCAUGGUUACGUGCGACUGACUUGUGACCUCUAUGACCCCACCUCCAAGAACCUUUCUGCCCACCUGACCAACCAGAUCAAGCUUUUUGUUUUGGCACAAACUUGCUACCUGCCUCUGCUCACAUCUUCGUGUGUCUCUGGUCCCCCUGCUGUUCGUUUCCAGUACAUGCAGAAGAAGAACCCUCUUUACAGCCAAUUGAAGGAAGACACUGUGUGGUCCAUGGAGAGCUUCAACGCCUACGUCAACGACAGGUUUCAGGCUGCAAAGGAUCUGCCCAGGGACUGGGUGCUGGGCGCCUUUGCAAAGCGCAUGCAGCAGAUCAUGAGCCAGUGCUUCUUAGCAGUCAAGUCAAAGUUAGACUGCCGCCUGGGGUUCUUUGACUUGAUCGGCUGUGACUUCUUGGUCGAUGAAGACUUCAAAGUGUGGCUGCUGGAGAUGAACUGCAAUCCAGCUCUCCAUACGAACUGUGAGGUGCUAAAGGAGGUGAUACCCAGCGUGGUUGUGGAGACACUAGAUUUGACUCUGGAGAUCUUCAGGAAGAUUCGUGGCAGGCAGAAAAUUUUUCCUUUGGUCAGUCAGAGGGAGUUUGUGCUUCUCUAUAGUGCUUUUUCCACUACAGAGAAGUCUAGCAUGGAAUUGCAGAAAAAUACCAAAGAUGCUCAGAAAACUGAACCCAGAAGGUUUAUGUGUGGAACAGAGGAAAAAAGUGUUCCCUCGGCACCCCCUGAUAAUUCUGCAAAUGAUUCAGCACUUCCAAAACGAAGGAGCAGGUCGAUGAGUGGCCACCGUCCCACCAGCACUUCACAAAAUCAUCGUGAGUCAGGGAAUUCACAUUAUACAGCUAAACUCAAGCUAAGCAAAAGUACUUUGAAUCAUCAUUUAAAGGCUGGAAAUGACCAUCACAUCCCCGUCAUCACUAGCUCUGAGUGAGUGAAGCUCUACCUGUCUGUGGCUCUCCUGGAACACCGUACCUUACAGUAUUGAACAUGUGGAACAAUUUAGGAUAUGAAGAGUUUAGUGUAGAAAAGAAAAGAGGAACUGUGACAGUAUGCAGACAGCUGCGGUAUAAAAAGCCUUUGGUGCUUUUUAAAGAUUUUAAGAGAAAUACUCUGGAAAAUGCGUCAAUAAAGAAUGUAUUCA